AUGCCCGUCCAGAUCCACCUCGUCCGCCACGCCCAGGGCUUCCACAACCUCUCGCUCGAGAACGAGGCUAUCCGCGACCCCCUCCUCACGGACCUGGGCAAGCAGCAGUGCGCCGCCCUCCGCGCCGCCUUUCCCCACCACGCCCGCCUCACACACCUCGUCGCCAGCCCCCUGCGCCGCACCCUGCACACCUGCCUCCUGGGCUUCGCCUCCGACGCCGCCGCCCCCGUCGGUAAGUCCCUCCGGGUCCUCGCCCUGCCCGAGGUGCAGGAGGUCUCGGACGCGCCCUGCGACACGGGGUCCGCUGUCGCCGAUAUCGAAGCCGAGUUCGCCGGCCGCGUCGACUUCGGCAGGGUCCCCGCGGACUGGACCGACAAAUCGAGCCCGGAGUCCAGGUGGGAGCCCACGCUCGAGAAGCUGGAGAAGAGGUCGGCCGAGGCGAGGCGGGCUCUGAGGGAGCUCGUCGGCGACGUGCGCGGCGACGAUCACGUAGUGGUCGUCACGCACGGCGGUAUCCUGCACUUUUUGACCGACGAUUGGUACGGUAUUGGAGCUAAGAAAGCAACCGGCUGGGAGAACACCGAGUUCAGAUCGUACGAGUUCGCGGAUCCCACCGGCCAGGACCCCAAUGCGUUUCUGACGGAGACGCAGGAGAGCUGGGAGCGUCGCCAGGGCGACAACUCUCGUCCGACGCUCGAGCAGCAGGCCGAGUUAAGGCAGACAUUCUACCGCGAAAUGGAGCCUUACCUCAAGUACAGCCCCGAGAGAGGCUGGAUGCAAUGA